CCUCCAUCAGGUUUCUGAAAUAAAUCUUGUUUUCUGCACCCAUCAAAACGCAGGAAACGAAAGCUGCUCCAGUUCAAAGCCACAUGCACCAACGUGACAUAUAAGCCAUUAAAAUAUCAUCCUGACGGCUCAUUUCUGCAUCAUCAUACAUUCCCUAACUGCUUCCAGAAAGCAAGAAAAGAAGAAAUGAAGGAUGACCGCCUCGAUGGAAGCGCCAAAGAGGUGGAACAAAGUCAGGAAAUGAGGCACAAGACUCCCCUUGUAAUGAGGAAGAGAAAACGACUUUACAGAAACAUCCUGGAAAAGUCAAGUAGCUACCCCGGACACCAUGGUCACCACCACCACCACUCAGAAGCUGGGAAUCCCUCUCUGUUCACUGGACUCCAUGAGCAGCCUCCCCAUGCAGCUCCAGGUGGCCAUCUAAACGGACAGCUCAGACUGGGGUUACCUGGAGAAAUGUACGCCAGGUCUGAACAUUUCACUCAAGUACCAGCCUCCAGGACAGAUCAUUUUGCUGCUUCUUCACUUCAUAACUACGGUGGUAUGAACCUGAACGUGAACUUGGCUCCACACCACGGCCCGGGCGCCUUCUUUCGUUACAUGAGGCAGCCCAUCAAACAGGAACUCAUCUGUAAGUGGAUUGAGUUGGACCAGACUCCUAAAAAAUUAUGCUCGAAAACUUUCAGCACGAUGCACGAGCUGGUGACUCAUGUCACGGUGGAGCACGUUGGAGGACCCGAGCAGUCCAAUCACAUAUGUUUCUGGGAAGAGUGUCCAAGAGAAGGGAAACCUUUCAAGGCCAAAUAUAAACUUGUAAAUCACAUCAGAGUCCACACAGGUGAAAAACCUUUCCCCUGCCCUUUCCCAGGCUGUGGCAAAGUGUUUGCCAGAUCAGAGAAUCUCAAAAUACACAAAAGAACUCAUACAGGGGAGAAGCCGUUCAAAUGUGAAUUCGAGGGCUGUGACAGGCGCUUCGCCAACAGCAGCGACAGGAAGAAGCACUCGCAUGUCCACACCAGCGACAAGCCCUACAACUGCAAAGUGAGAGGUUGCGACAAGUCCUACACCCACCCCAGCUCCCUGAGAAAACACAUGAAAGUGCACUAUGUCUACCCCGUUGCUCUCAAGGGAGUAGGUGUGCUCAUGGAAGUGCCCCAGGACCCGGGAAAGCGGGGCGAGGCAAGGGGGGAGCUGCCCGUGCCCCCCUUCGCACCCCGCCCGUCCCGGCUGCCGCUUCGCGGCACCGAGCGGAGGCUCCGCGGUGCGGGGGAACUUGACACCCGCAUGGCCGGGGCCAUGGGCGCUGGGCCAUGGGCCCGGGAAAGUUAG